UUUCAUUGGUCCAAGCUACAUCGCCGUAGAAAGAUAGAUUUAGUGCGUCAUUGUUUUUACGAAGGGGGAGUAAGACAGGAACAGGUCGGCAUCCGUUAGAAAAGAGAGAGCUGUUCAUCUCCGCUUGUUGUAGAUAGAUUAUGGAGCCAGAAAACGACCCGCAGGAAGAGGACACUUACAGCAACAAUGAGAGUAACGGUAAGCGUUCUGCUGAGGAUACCGAGGAGGACAUGCCCCAUAAGCGUUCAAGAAAUUCUGACGACAUGGUGGAGCUCAGAAUUCUGCUACAGAGCAAAAAUGCCGGUGCGGUGAUCGGAAAGGGUGGGAAGAAUAUUAAAGCUCUGCGCACCGAUUACAAUGCCACUGUGUCAGUCCCAGACAGCAGUGGGCCCGAGCGAAUCCUAAGCGUCAGUGCUGAUAUUCCCACGGUAGCUGAGAUCUUGCUGAAGAUCAUACCUACUCUAGAAGAGUAUCAACAUCAUAAGGGCGUGGACUUUGACUGUGAGCUGAGGCUGCUGAUCCAUCAGAGUCUAGCUGGAAGCAUCAUCGGCGUGAAGGGUGCCAAGAUCAAGGAGCUUCGUGAAAGCACCCAGACCACCAUCAAGCUCUUUCAGGAGUGCUGUCCUCAGUCCACUGACCGUGUGGUGCUUGUGGGGGGCAAGGCAGAGCGGGUGGUGCAGUGCAUUCGGACCAUGCUAGAGCUCAUUGUGGAGGCUCCCAUUAAAGGUAGAGCACAGCAGUAUGACCCUAACUUUUACGACGAGACCUACGACUAUGGUGGCUUCAGUACGGUGUAUGAAGAGCGGGGCCGUCGGCCAAUGGGAGGCUUCUCUUCUCGAGGGGGGCGUGGCAGCGGAGGAGGCUUUGAUCGAAUGCCCCCCAGUGGAGGUCGUGGUGGCCACCACAUGCAGAGCAGGAGAGACUACGAUGACAUUAGCCCACGCAGGGGCCCCCCUCCACCCCAACGAGGGGGAAGAGGAGGGGGUCGUCCCCCACGAAACAUGCCCAUGGGACCCCCACACCACAGGAGAGGUCUGGACAAGUCAACGCUAGUAGCUGAAAGUCAGAGCCAGUCUGCAGAUUUUGGGCAGUCGGCGUUGACAGCCUUCAGAGAAAAACGCGUAGUUGAUGACCAGUACUCCUACAGUUCCCAGCGUGGCCACAUGGAAGAAAGACGACAUGGGGAAAGACGAGGACGCAAUGAUCGUUAUGGAGGCAGCAUGAAUGAUGGAUAUGGGUCGCUGAAAAGGACAAAUGCAGAAGUUUCUCCGUCUACAAACAAUAAUUCAUCUUGGGAUUCCUCCUAUCAGUCUGGUGGAAGGAGUAGUUACAGUGAAGGGCCUGUGAUCACCACACAAGUGACUAUUCCUAAAGAUCUGGCCGGAUCGAUCAUCGGUAAAGGGGGUCAGAGGAUCAAGCAGAUUCGUCACGAGUCUGGAGCGUCUAUCAAAAUCGACGAGCCCCUACAGGGUUCAGAGGACCGCAUCAUCACCAUCACAGGAACCCAAGACCAGAUCCAGAACGCCCAGUACCUGUUACAGAACAGCGCUCUACACCUCUUGGGACGCCAGAACUAACCAGCCCUUCUCAGGAUCUCCAUCCAACCGCAGCUGAAGUCCUCGUCCCCGCGUGACGGCCUGAGUCUGACGCAUCCCUGUCGGCCAUCUUUAUAUUAAUCCCUCAUAGAAUCAUACGAGCCCGAGCCCUAUGGAUGUCCUUGAUUGUGGAUUUUGUGGGAUUGUUCUUUCUUUUGGUUGUUUUUAUAUUAAUUUUAUACGGGCCAACUAUCGCUUCUCAGAAAUCUUGGAUGAGCAGAUAGAUGCUUUUCAACAGGACGUUGUUGUUGUAUUUUCCCUUUUGGAGUGAAGGUUUUAUGGGUAAGGAAAAUGUUCCACUAUUCCAAAAGCUUGAUCCAGAAUUCACGCAUUCACAACCCGCAAACUUACCGCUUUUUUAUUUUAUUUUAUUUUUUUACUUCUCUGAGUGUUCUAACUGCAUUUGAUAGAAAAUAAAAUGUAAAUAUCCAAUGAUUACUAUGGACAUAUGAAUAUAUCCUUUACACUGUUUCAUUCGUGUGAUGGUUUCCUCAGAAAUACAGAUAUUUUCACCAGGUACUGAAGGCUUGCAGUACUUUUUUUGUUUUUUUGUCUCCUGUCUGUUGCUGGGUUUUUAAAAUCUAGUGUUUAAAAAAAAAUUAUUAAAAAAAGUACUCUACCUCUGGAAGUUUUUGUAGGUCUGCCAUCCUAAAAGAAGGCUCACAAUCAUCGUAUGUUUUUCUUUUUAAUAAGAAAAGAAAACACAAGUGGAUUUGAAGUUUUAGACUAUAUUUGUGUCAGAGGAGGAUGGUAAUUUCUCACUCUCCCUUUCUUGGUUUUAUUUUUCUUAUGUUUUAUUUUUUUACUAAAUUUUUCUCUGAAGUUCUUCAACCAGACACAUUUGUAGAGUUUGUCAUUUGUCUGAAAUAAUAAAGGAAUUGCUGUUUUUUUUUUCA